CUCGCCCGCCCGCCAGUCAGUCUGUCUGUCUUCUCGCUUCUUCCAGCCAACAUCAUCAGAUAGGUCUCGACUCAAGCUGCGUGUCCCAAUAACACGGUUCAGAAGGAGCCGAGUUCCGUGUGAGGGGCCCCGCGCGUCUGUCAAUGGCCCAAGACAAGACCCAGUUGACAAGCUCCAGUCGACAAGUUCCCCUAGACGAGUGAACCACAAUGUGAGGCCAAGGUGAGCACGCACCGACUAUAAAGCCGGCCAUGCCUCGCCAGAUGCUUUGCUCGACAAGCUCAGCUCACCGGCCCAUCGCCAUCAGCAUCAGCAUCCACCCGCCAUGUCCACUCUCACUGAAAAGGCCACGGAAACGGCCGAGGCCACACACGUCGAGCCCACGUCCGUCGAGAAGCACAGCGCCAUCAACACCAGCGAUGUCGCGCAGGUCUUCCACGACGCCCAGACGGCCACGGCCAACGAGCAUCGCAUGAGCCUUCUGCAGGGUCUCAAAAUGUACCCGGCCGCCAUCGGCUGGUCCGUCCUGUUCUCCGCCGCCAUCGUCAUGGAGGGCUACGACGUCGUCCUCAUGGGCUCCUUCUACGGCUACCCCAGCUUCACCAAGCGCUACGGCGACCCCCAGCCCGACGGCACCUACCAGCUCUCGGGCGCCUGGCAGUCGGGCAUCUCCAACGCCAUGAACGCCGGCCAGAUCGUCGGCCUUUUUAUUAAUGGCUACAUUGCCGAGCGCCUCGGGUACCGACGCACCAUGCUCCUCGCCCUGGCCUGGGUCACGGGCGCCGUCUUCAUCCUCUUCUUCGCACCCAGCAAGGCCGUCCUCCUCGCCGGCGAGUUUGUCAUUGGCGUGCCCCUCGGUAUCUUCCAGACCCUCACCGUCACCUACGCCGUCGAGAUCAUGCCCCUCGUCCUGCGCUGCUACCUCACCACCUACGUCAACCUCUGCUGGGUCAUGGGCCAGAUCCUCGGCUCUGCCAUCCUCAAGGCCCUCUUCAACCGCACCGACCAGUGGGGGUAUCGCAUCCCAUUUGCCCUGCAGUGGAUCUGGCCCGUCCCCAUCGCCAUCGGCGUCUUCCUCGCCCCCGAGUCCCCCUGGUGGCUCGUCCGCACCGGGCAGUUCGACAAGGCCAAGGUGUCCCUGAAGCGUCUCGCGUCCUCCGACCCAAGCCUGCCGUUCAACGCCGACGAGACCAUUGCCAUGAUGCACCACACUAACGAGAUGGAGAAGGAAAUGUCGGCCGGCACCACGUACCUCGACUGCUUCAAGGGCAUGGAUCUGCGCCGCACGGAAAUCUCGUGCCUCACUUGGGCCGUCCAGAACCUCUGCGGUGCCGGUCUUAUGGGAUACUCAACCUACUUCUACCAGGCGGCCGGCCUGGCCGAGAGCCAGUCCUUCACCAUGUCACUCGUGCAGUAUUGCAUCGGCUUCAUUGGCACGCUGGUGUCAUGGGUGCUCAUGACGCACUUUGGCCGCCGGCGGCUGUACGUGACCGGCCUGUUCUGCCUCUUUGGCUUCCUCAUGGUCGUCGGCUUCAUCUCGCUGGCGCCCAAGCCGGAUGGCGGCGUCAACGUAGCCGCUGCGUGGGCGACGGGAUCCGUCCUGCUCGUCUACACGGCCUUUUACAAUGCCACCGUCGGCCCGGUCUGCUACUCGCUCGUGGCCGAGAUGCCGUCGACCCGGCUGCGCAACAAGACGGUCGUCCUGGCGCGGAAUCUGUACAACGUUUUUAGUAUUGUCAACGGCUUCAUCAUCCCCUACAUGCUCAACCCGACUGAGUGGAACUGGGCUGGCAAGGCGGGCUUCUUCUGGGGUGGGCUGUGUCUCGGCAGCGCGACCUGGGCCUUCUUUCGGCUCCCAGAGCCCAAGGGCAGGACGUUUGGCGAGCUGGACGUCCUCUUUGAGCGCAAGGUGUCUGCGCGCCGCUUCAGGCACACAGAGGUCAACCUGUUCACGGAGGGGAGUGACAAGGUGGAGGGGUGAUGCGGGCACG